GCGAGGACCACUUGAAGUCUUUCGACCUAUCAAUCACCACUACUACUACUGAACCUACUCAUGACAGGCUAGUAGCUAGUCACUUGGAUCUACCCUUCCAUUAUGCUGCACAACUUCUUCCGCCAAUCUCCCCGCUCGUCACAUCGGAAAAAGGACUAUGACUUUGGUCCAGCCGGAUCGCUGCCCAUUGGAGAAGGAGGAUCAGGCCAGGUCAUGAGGGCAAGAUCGAAGGAUGGCCGAUGUGUAGCGGUCAAGGUGGUCAGGAAGGAAGCGGUGAUGGAACACUCGGAGUAUUUGAAGAUCCUGCACGAUGGAUUCGACCGCAUACACGACAACAGGAAUAUCUGUUGCAUAUUAGACUGGUUCGAAUCCAGUCAUAAAUACUACCUCGUCUUCCCCCUCAUGACCGGUGGAGAGUUACUCGAACGACUGAAUACAAGGGGAAGGUUCACAGAGGAGGCGGUCAAGAGGAUCAUGCUACGGAUACUCGAUACAUUGUCCUUCAUUCAUAGUCACGGCAUCAUUCAUAGGGAUAUCAAGCCGGACAAUUUCCUCUACCGCUCGGAGGAUUCUGCGAUCGACGAUGUCGUGCUCAUCGACUUUGGGAUCUCCAAGAUCCUGGAUAAGAACCAGGAGGGCACUACCGACCCGAAAACCCAGAUCGAAGUAGCUGGAACACCCGGAUACGCAGCACCGGAAGUCUUCUUGAAGACGGGUUAUGGGAAGAACCAGGAUGUAUUCGGGGUCGGCGUGAUUGCCUACAACCUGUUAUCGGCAUCGACACCUUGGAGAUCGAGAGGAUACGCAGACUUGAUCAGGGAAUCGAUGAGGGCGGAGGUCGAUUUCCCACCAGGUCCGUUUAGGGGUGUUUCGGAACAAGCUAUCCUGUUUGUGAAAUACCUGAUGCAACCGGAUCCUCACGCACGGCCGAGCUCUGCCCAGGCUCUGGAUCAUCCUUGGUUGACUUCCCGUCAGACUCAACCUUCUGCUGCGAGGCGAAUUCCAACCGGUAUAAGAGAAGAGGCCGAAGAACACCAUUCACCCAGUUCACCGGAAGAUGUAUUGGGGAGGACCCCGGUCGAGCCGGUAUCGACGUUGAAACCGGACCAUCCUGUGGCGAGACAGAUCACGGCGAUAGGUGUGGAAGCCAUACGAGAGUAAGACGAGGGGUGUUUGAGAGACGAGACUUUCACGUGGAAGGAGGUGAAUUCAGUUCUUGCGAGUAAUAAUCUGUUGUAUCAAAUUCCAUGACAGGAUACCCAUGACCGCUCUUAUUUACAUACAUCGACUCGGUGCUGUACGAACCUGAACUCAGAUUGAGAAAGGUCGGCCAGUGUGUCUCUGUGGCGGUGUCGAUAAGGAGGAUCUAGCACUGCCCCGCU